CUCACUUUGUUCAAUGCUCAGUUUGCAAGUCCAGAGUCAGGUACCAGUUGAUGGGAAAGCAUCUGAUAUCUCAUUACCACUUUAGAAAAGCGACUGACACAAAGAGUCCUACUUACCAACAGCUUAUUCUCGACAACAUCGAUGUCAUAGUGCACCAAUCCCCAUUCCAGUGCAGCCCGUGCAAGUUUUACACCAACUGGCUGUCAAAUUUUAUGCAACACUGGUUUUCGGACGAACACAAGUCGAACAGCGAGCCGAUGGAGGGCCGAUACUGGUGCUCCUUCUGCAAGUUUGAAUGCGAGACGUCCGAUACGAUGGCCAGUCACAUAUCCGGGCCGGAGCAUAGCGAAGUUGUAGCCGUUGUUAACAGGUCCAUGCCUAUAAUACUACGCAAAAAGACGAUCUUUACCUGCCCCACAUGCUCGAAGGAGUUCAGGUAUAACGUUGAAAUGAGGCAGCACAGCCGGACGACCGGUCACGAGCUGACUCACGCCGCUACCGACACCUAUCAGGAGCUGCACAAGUGCGACCUCUGCAACGACAAGUUCAAAUCAUCCCUAACUCUGGCAGCUCAUUUGAAAUCGAGGCACAAGCAGAAGGCGUUCUUUUGUCUCGUGUGCUCCGUAACUUUCAAGUCUUCUGUUGAAGCGAAACAACAUCGACAAACUUCAGAACACAGAGUUCGGAGGAAGGAGUGUUCGCGAUGUGGGAUGUCAUUCACCCUGUUUCAAGAAGUGACUCGGCACAUCAGGUCUAAAGCGUGUCAGUACCAGGGCGCUGACCACUCCGCCGCCUCCGUAGUAUGGAACUGCAACCAGUGCGCCUUCACCACCGACUCCCAGGCCGAGUGCUUCUUCCAUGAGGUCCUACACUCCCCCUCUAUUACAAAGGUCGUUAGAGAAGACGGAGAGAAAAUUGUCGACAAAUAUGAUUGCCCGCUCUGCCCCAAAACAUUCAGCAAGUCAUCUCUCCGCGAUCAUUUGAAGCGGCACACAUUCGAGAGACCGUUCGCUUGCGACGUGUGCGGGGCCAACUUCACGCGGCAGAGCAGCCUCACCAACCACUGGAAGCACGAGCAUGGCAACAAGACCACAGCAAAUGCUCCUGAGCUAGCGGCGACUAAGGAUGCAAGUCCCAUUUUGCAGAGCGGUCAAGCUACAAAGAAAACUACAAACAAAACUGAGAAUGCCAACGCUGCGUCCGAGACCGCGAUCGAGAGGCGCUGUCCGCACGACCAGUGCGGCUACGUGGCUACCUCAGCAGCUCAACUUAUACGCCAUCGUCGGUCUCACGGCGAGAGCAUCAGGACGCACUCGUGCGCGCUGUGCCCCUUCAGCAGCGACCAGGCCAGCCACAUGCGGCGCCACGCGCGCUGCCACGCCGGACACAAGCCCUACGCCUGCCCGCACUGCGCCUUCACCUGCGCCAGCCUGGAAAACCUUCGCAAACAUGUCCUCCGUAGCGGCCGCCACGAGGGAUUGUAUUUAUACGAAUGUCACCAUUGCACAUACCAGACCAACAUGGCGACGGAACUCCGAGCACAUUACGUGUCCGCACAUCACAACAAAUACGAUGUGAAGACUGCGCUCGAAGCUGUCAAGAAACAUUUGAUGAAAACAACUUCAGGACACGAAGAGAGUGAAAAUUAAUUUGACACCUGUAAUUUAACUGAAAUUCAAUAAGUAUUAAGAAUCAAUUUUAACCAUCAAAUCGACCGGCCCAUUUUAUAACAUUAGUGCUUAAAUAUUUUUUCAUCAACUAACAGAA